AUGGCCCUCCCCCACCGCCCAGCGCAGACCACGCUGCGCCUCCCGCGCGCCCUCCCCCUCGCCCGCCGCCACUUCCACACCUCUCCCCGCCCCCGCACCCAACACAGCCUCCCCGCGUCCUACUACCGCGGCGGCACCUCCCGCGCCAUCAUGUUCUCCCGCGCCGACCUACCCGCCUCCCGCGCAGCCUGGAGCCCCAUCUUCCUCGGCGCACUCGGCUCGCCCGACCCGCAGCACGGGCGCCAGCUCGACGGGCUGGGCGGCGGCAUCUCCUCGCUGUCAAAAGUCUGCGUGGUUGGCGCGAGCGAGCGCGCAGACGCGGACGUCGAGUUUACGUUUGUGGCCGUCGGGGUCAGGGAUGCGGAAGUGGACUUCUCGAGUAAUUGCGGCAAUAUGCUGGCGGCGGUGGGGCCGUUUGCUGUUGAUAGGGGGAUUGUGCAUGUCGGUGAGGGGGACGGGGAGACGGUGGUUAGGAUUUUUAAUACUAAUACGGGGAAGAUAAUUAAGGCGAGGUUUGCGGUUGAGGGCGGGGAGGCGGUUGCGCGCGGCGGGUUUGCGAUCGAUGGGGUCAGCGGGACGGGGGCGAAGGUCGAGCUGGCGUUUCUGGAUCCCGCGGGAUCCAAAACCGGCGCCCUCCUCCCCACCUCCUCCCCCACAACGACCCUCGACACCAACGUCCCCGCCACCUGCAUCGACGUCGGCAACCCCUGCGUCUUCGUCCCGGCCGCGGCGCUCGGCCUCCCGACCCCGCUGCCCCUCCCAGACGCCAUCGACGCCGACCCCGCCCUCCUCGCCCGUCUCGAGCGCAUCCGUCGCCAAGCAGGCAAGGCCAUGCGCCUCUGCGCCUCCGCGGCCGACUGCCCGGCCUCAGUGCCCAAGAUCGCGGUCGUCAGCCCGGCGCCGCAGCCUAGCGACGUGGAUCUAGUAGUGCGCGCGCUGUCGGUCGGGCAGCCGCACCGCGCGGUGCCGAUCACGGUUGCGCUGGCCCUGGCCGCGGCCAGCAGGAUUGAGGGGACGGUCGUGAGUGACGUUGUGCCGGCGAAGAGGGUUGAUGAGUGCGGCGUCACGGUGGGGCAUCCCUCGGGCAGGCUGCUUGUUACGGCGAGGUUUGGUAAGGAUGGCGCCGUGAGUGAGGCGACGGUUUUUAGGACUGCGAGGAGGCUGAUGAUGGGGACGGUGUUUUGGAAGUAG